GUCUAGAUUUUUUUACGCUUUGCUCCUGAAGUUUGAAGUCGUGCCAAGCUGCUGGAUUGUUGUUUGGUUUUUUUGCGUGGAGAGAAGACUUUCUAUCGGCUCCAUCGGGACAUCCAGCUGCUCCGCAUUCCUCCCAUCACCUCCACUGCCUCCAUCCCAACCAUCACUGGUUCCCAGCUGGAUGGGACCGUGCUGCUGCUGCUGCUGCUGCUGCUGCUGCUGCUGCUGCUGUGGAAACCUAAAGGUUGGACCUGGGAGGUGCUCGAUGUUCAUCCUCUGAAAGCAGGAUGAUCAGACGUUGCUGUCCACUCACGCUGCUCCAACUCUUAAGUGUUUUUGCACAGACCAGAGCUCUCACUCAGGAUCUUUUGUACCCGUAUGGACCGGCUCAUCGGGAUCUUGAAACUCCGAAGAUGGAUGACGGGAGUUCAGUUGAAAUUCCUUUGCUCAUCCCCUUCAUUUUCUUCAAAAUUCCCUACCGUUCCAUCUACGUCAACAACAACGGCGUGAUCUCCUUCAACGUUCAGGUUAGCCAGUUCACGCCUGAGGCUUUCCCUCUGAGCGACAGCAGGUCUUUCAUUGCUCCGCUAUGGGCAGAUGUGCACAACGGCAUCCGUGGAGAUGUCUACUACAGAGAGACCACCGAUCCCGAACUGCUGGAGAGGGCGACGCAGGAUGUCCGCAGGCACUUCAAAAGCAUGCCCAGCUUCACAGCCACCUGGGUCUUUAUGGCAACGUGGCACCAGGUCACCUUCUAUGGAGGGAGCCAGACCACGCCGGUGAACACUUUCCAGACUGUACUGAUCUCAGAUGGUGCAGCUUUCUUCAGCAUGUUCAACUACGGGGAAAUUACAUGGAGCACAGGAACGGCCAGCGGGGGAGAUCCUCUGACGGGACUCGGUGGAACGACGGCUCAGGCAGGUUUUAAUGGAGGCGAUAUCGGUCACUUCUUCAACCUACCGGGAUCCCGGUCAAAUGAAGUGGUGAACAUUGAACAGACGACCAACGUAAAUAUUCCUGGACGCUGGUUUUUCCGUGUUGACACUGAAUUGAUCGAUCCUGCCAACGGCUGCAGCUACAAUGGACGGUAUUACAGACGAGGGGAGAUCUUCUGGAUGUCUGACCAGUGCUCCCAGCGCUGCCGAUGUCUUGACAUAAAUAACGAGGUUCAGUGCCUGGAGGCCCCAUGUGGACAGUUUGAGAACUGCGAGCAACAGGAUGGGGCCUUUUACUGCCAGCCGACCCGAACCAGCACCUGCGUGGUAUUUGGAGACCCUCACUAUCACACCUUCGAUGGCUUCCUCUACCACUUCCAAGGCACCUGCUCCUACCUGCUGGCCCGGCCGUGCUGGGAGAUGGUAGGACUGCCCUACUUCAGCGUUGAGGCCAAAAAUGAGAAUCGCGGCGUUACCACGGUGUCCUGGUUACGAGAUGUGACAGUGGAGGUCUACGGCCAUAGAGUGACGAUACCUAAAGGCAGUUUGGGAAGUGUCCAGGUGGACGGCUUGAUGAAGGCCUUGCCGGUCCAACUGGAGCUCGGUGCCGUAAAAGUCUACCAGUCUGGAGUUGCUGUUGCUUUGGAAACAGACUUUGGACUGCUGGUGACCUACGACGGCCAGCACUACGCCUCCAUCUCCUUACCAAGCUCCUACUUCAACAACACCUGUGGCCUUUGCGGAAACUACAACGACGACCCUGCAGACGAUCCCGUGCUUCCGGACGGCUCUCUUGCGGAAAGCGUGGUGGAGUUGGGAGGCAGCUGGCGAGCAGAAGACACCGACUGGAGGUGCACCGAUGGCUGUGCUCAGAACUGCAGCGUUUGUGACCCCGUGACAGAAGCCAUGUACUUUCGCUCAGACUACUGCGGGCUUAUAAACAAAACCGACGGGCCCUUUCGAGACUGCAGAGCUGUGGUGGACCCCACGGCGUUUGUAUAUAGCUGUGUGUAUGACAUGUGCAGCAACAGGGACAACAUCACCACACUGUGCUAUGCCAUCCAGGCCUACGCUUUAGCAUGUCAGGCCCUUGGAGUCACAAUACGACCCUGGAGAACCCGCACAUUCUGUGCUAUGUCCUGUCCGGAGUUCAGCCAUUAUGAAGUGUGCACCACUGCGUGUCCGGCGUCCUGCUCGGACCUCACCGCGCCCCUGUACUGCGCUCACCCCUGCACCGAGGGCUGCCAGUGCGAACCCGGCUACGUCCUCAGCAGCAACCGCUGCGUGCAGCAGGACGACUGCGGCUGCGAACACAACGACCUUUAUUACCCCCUCAACCACACGUUCUGGGCCGGCCCCGGCGGGCAGGAAGGCGACUGCUCCCUCCGCUGCACAUGCGGGUUUGCCGGGGAAGUCUCCUGUUUCAAUGAGUCCUGCAAGGAGGGCGAGGUGUGUGUGGCCGAGCUGGGCUUGCUGGGCUGUUACCCUCGGAGGGAGGGAGUUUGCUCGGUCAGCCAGAACUCGGUGACGUCCACCUUUGAUGGCACCUUCCUGCUGUUUCCGGAUGACAGCUCCUACUACUUGCUGAAGCUGUGUGGUCCGGUUCCGGCUAACGGGUCAGUGGUGGAGGUGAAGAUUGGCAGGCGGCUCAUGAACAAAGGUCCCACUUGGACGAGACCUGUGAUAGUGACCGUAGCUAACCUGGAGGCACAGAUGGGUGGAACAGAUUUUGACACAGUGAAGGUGAAUGGCGAACCGGUUGUUCUGCCGUUCGUCCAUCCGAUGGAGACCAUGAUGAUCUACAGGGCACCGGGAAAUGCAACUGUGGUGGAGUCCAGAGGUCUGCUCCGUGUCCACUACACCCGCCUGGGAUUCCUGAACAUCUCCCUCUCCACCAUCUUCUACAACGUCACCUGUGGCUUAUGCGGCGUCUUCAACAGCAACGCCACGGACGACCUGCGCCUGCCCAACGGGCGCCUGGCUGAAAAUACCGAACAGUUCACAGAGGGCUGGAAAUCCAUUGCGGACGACCUUACAUGCAACGGGGACUGCGACGACCUGUAUCGCAUGUGCACAGACCUGCGCCUUUACCAGAGUCCCUGGAUGUGUGGAAACAUCAACGACCCGGGGAACAGCUCCUUCCUGGCCUGCCACUCGGUGGUCAACCCUUCGCCGUUCUUCAGGAACUGCCUGUACAACAUGUGCAUUAGGGAAGGGAACCGGUCGGCCCUUUGCUCCUCUCUGCAGGCGUACGCCACGGCCUGUCAGGAUGCCCAAGUGGGCCUCGCCUCCUGGAGGAGUUCGACCAACUGCCCUCUUCCUUGUCCAGAGAACAGCCAUUUUGAAGAAUGCACCACCGCUUGCCCUUUGACCUGCACCAACCUGGACGAGCCAGAGGAGCCGUGCCCUCUGCCGUGCCAGGAAGGCUGCCAAUGUGAAGAAGGCUUUGCGAUGCGGGACGGCCUGUGCGUGGCCCGGAGCGACUGCGGCUGUAUGUACCACGGCCACCAGGUGGCCACCAACCAGACCUUCUGGACUGACUGGGAAUGCCAGGAGCGCUGCUACUGCAACGGCUCCGACAACAGCGCGUACUGUCAGCUCGCCCCCUGCCAGCCCGAGGAGUACUGCCAGGAGAACGACGGCCUGUACUUCUGCCAGCCACGCACCGAGGCCCUCUGUGUGGCCGCGGGUUACGGCCAUUUUCAGGCGUUCACCGGCGUGCCGUUUGAGCUUCAGAGCUCCUGUACUCUCAAGAUGGCCACCACCAUUUGUAGGCGCAGAGAGCCGGCGGGGACAAGUGGAGUUUUCCCUCUGUUUAAACUGGCGGUUCGCAAUGAGGAGCGAGACACCGGGCAGGCCAUCUGGGUGAGGGGCUUCGUGCUGGAGGUCUACGAAUACGAGGUGGAGGUCUCCCGAAGCUACAAAAACACUGUAACUGUCAACAAGGAGCGCCUUUACCUGCCCCUGAAGCUGGGCCCGGGGAAGGUCAACAUCACUUCCUUGGGGAUGCUGCUCGUUCUGGAGACGGAUUUCGGCCUGAAGGGCAUGCCCUUCUCCCCGCCCACGCUGAGCUCCACGGACUGGGCCAUGACCUGGGCGGAGAGGGACACCUUCUGCCAGGUGGGCUGCGGCGACUCCUGUCCACGCUGCGGGCUCGGGGAGAAGAGCAUGCUCAACAGCGCCCCCCUCAUGGUGGCCGACUCCAGCAUGAGUAGCGAUAACGAGGACGAGCCGAACGGAGUCGCCACCGGCAUACGCUUUCACGUCGGGGACGGACUCUACGUGUUCGUGGAGCCGGAGGCCGUCAGGCUGUGUGGGCUGAUUGUGGACCGGGGAGGCGUGUUUGCACGCUGUCACAGCAAGGUGGCGCCUGCAUUCUUUUAUCAGAGCUGCCUGCAGGACACCUGUUUGGAUCAAGGAGCUCAGGAUACGAUCUGUAACUGGCUGCAGAUCUACGCCAGCACCUGCCAGACCCAGGGUGUGCCUCUAACCGGCUGGAGGAGUGACACGCCGUGUGUCCAGAGUUGUCCUCCGAACAGCCAUUACUCCAGCUGCGUGUCGGUGUGCCCGCCCCAGUGCGCCCCCGCCCGCGGCCAGCGGGACUGCAGCCAGGACUGCGUGGAGGGCUGCCAGUGUGACCUGGGCUACGUGCUCAACGGCAAGAGCUGCAUCCUGUCCCAAAACUGCGGCUGCUACACCGACGGAAAAUACUACGAGCCCAAACAGCUGUUCUGGAACAACGACUGCACCAAGCGCUGCCAGUGCAUCGGCCGGAACCUGAUCCAGUGCGACCCGCGGCGCUGCAAGGCGGAGGAGGAGUGCACCCUGCGGUUCGGGGUCCGGGGCUGCUUCGCGCGGCGCUCCCAGCACUGCGUGGCGUCGGGCGGCGGCGUCUUCAGGACCUUCGACGGGGCGUCGCUGCGUCUCCCGGCCUCCUGCUCCUUCGUCCUGUCCACAAACUGCCGCAAGCUGCCCGACCUCUCCUUCCAGCUCAUCGCUAACUUCGACAAGUGGAGCACGCCCAACCUCACCACCAUCUCUCACGUCUACCUCUACAUUAACGAGGAGAACAUACUGAUCUCUGGCAGCACCGUCAAGGUGAACGGGACGCCCGUGUCCGUCCCGUUCCUGACCGGCCUGAUGACGCGCCUGUCCACGUCUGAGGGCUUCAUCGUCAUCGACACGCCGCAGGACAUUCAGGUUCGCUACAAUCGCUUCAACACCCUCAGCAUCACCAUGGGCCAGCGGCUCCAGAACAAGGUGUGCGGCCUGUGUGGAAACUUCAACGGAGACCCCAACGACGACUACAUCACCUCCAGGGGCAAACCGGCCGUCAGCGCGCUGGAGCUGGCCCAGAGCUGGAAGACCAACGGCAUGCAGAACAGCUGUGACGAGACCCAGUACGUGGCUUUAGCCCAGUCCUGUGACAACACGGCCGUCCUGGCGCUGCAGGGCGAAGACGCCUGUCAGAAGCUGACCCAGCUGAAGGGCUUCUUCCAGCCGUGCCACGGCCUGCUGGACCCGCAGCCCUUUUACCAGUCCUGCUACCUGGACGGCUGCUACAACCACCGCAAGGCGCAGGUCUGCGGCUCCCUGGCCGCCUACGCCGAGGCCUGCCGCUCCCUAGGAACCCUGACAACCAAGUGGAUCACCCAGGAGAACUGCUCAGAAUGGAUCUACGACCCGUGUGCCGGAGAAAUCUGCACAAACUUCACCUGCGAGUUGGAGAAUGGAGGCGACCUGUGCGGCUGCCCGGAGCUGCCCACCAACCCUGCAGGCGGGGAUGACAUCAUCCAAGCGGAGGUGAACUGCAAGCACGCCCUGAUGGAGGUCUCCAUCUCCAAGUGCAAGCUCUUCCAGCUGGGCUUCGAGCGCGAAGACGUGAGGAUCAACGACGAGCGCUGCGCCGGCAUCGAGGGCGAGGAUUUCAUCUCCUUCCACAUCAACAACACCAAAGGCCACUGCGGCUCCAUCGUCCAGUCCAACGGCACACACAUCAUGUACAAGAACACCGUCUGGAUCGAGAGCGUCAACAACACCGGCAACGUCAUCACCAGGGACAAAACCAUCAACGUGGAGUUUUCCUGCGCCUACGAGCUGGACCUGAAGAUCUCCCUGGAGACGGUCCUGAAGCCCAUGCUCAGCGUGAUCAACCUCACCCUGCCGACCCAGGAGGGAAACUUCAUCACCAAGAUGGCGCUGUACAAGAACUCGUCGUACCGCCACCCGUACCGGGAGGGCGAGGUGGUGCUGAGCACGCGGGACAUCCUGUUCGUGGGCGUGUUCGUGGAGGGGGCGGACGUCAACCAGCUCAUCCUCAUCGUGAACAUGUGCUGGGCCACGCCGUCGCGCUACAGCAGUGACAGACUGCGUUACAUCAUCAUAGAGAGAGGGUGUCCAAACACGAAGGACAACACCAUCGGGAUGGCGGAGAACGGCGUGUCCUUGACCUGUCGCUUCCACGUCACCGUCUUCAAGUUCAUCGGCGACUACGACGAGGUGCACCUGCACUGCGACGUGUCGCUGUGCGACUCGGACACCAACGCCUGCAAAGUGAACUGUCCACACAAGAGGAGGAUGUACUCAGAGGACAGCGAGCACAAGGAGCACAUUCUGUCAGUGGGACCCAUCAGGAGGAGAGAGUCCGACUGGUGUGAGGAAGACAACGGUGGCUGUGAGCAGAUCUGCACCAGUAAGGGAACUGGGCCCAUAUGCAGCUGUGUGACUGGGAUGCUGCAGCCAGAUGGGAAAAGCUGCCGCACUCGGAGCUCGUCCUGUAAGGUCACCCCUACUCUGUCUCUGCUGAGCACCGGCACUGUAAUCUCCAUCAUCCUCUCCCACUUUAACUCCUUCAUCGUCUCCUAACAGCCACAGCAAGUAAACGCCAAACAGAAAAGACUUGAAGAUGAGACAGGAAUUUGACUUUCUGAGUGCAGAUGUGAAAAUAGCCCUUUGUAGAACCCUGUAAAGCUUCUGUUCUUUAGACUCAUCAGGAUUUCUAAUUUAAAGUGUGUAGAGGUUGUUGUGUUUUUAUGUUUUUUUUUAAGUUUCUGAUUGUUUUCCUUUUCUAUGGAAGUAUUGUGUUAAUAAUAAUCACCACCAGAUGGCGCCAAAGAAGCAAACAUCUUCAAAUCCAAACUGGAAAGUUUGAGGUGGAUUAAAUGUGAAAGUCAGAGAGAUCGUGAUUAAAUUAUUAAAAACUAAAUUUCUCGGUGAAAUAAAACAUGAUUGGAUGGUUUGACAGCCAGAACUGUAAGAAUAAAAUCUGAAACUGGACUUUUUAAGCGUUACCUCUGGCAUAACAGCCGCAUCUAAAAUAAACAUCCAUUGAAUUGAGUCACAGAAUGACAUUUUUGUUGCAAUCUGUUUGUCAUCUACUCAUAGUCUUUGAGGAUUUUCUUUCAGCAUCUCCAAGCUGACGUUCUGUUGAACUGGGAAAUGUUGACUUGCCUGUCAGAAAAAUCAACUGGAGCACGCUCCCAGAUUUCUUACUGGGAAACUCGGAGCUACUCCGACUACCCCCAGCUACAACUUGUAAGGCUAAUGCUUCAGUAUGGCCGCUCCUCGCAUCAACAGGAGUAAAAUGAGGUGGAAACCUUUUCAUUUUCACACGUGUUUUGUGUGUCUUUAGUUUAGAGUAGCUGGCAGCAGUUAGUUAAACUAGCUCAACUAAACAACCUGAACUGAUUUAGUUUAGCUAUUUAAGGUAGCUACAGUUAGCCAAAUUAGCAUAGUUUAGCUAAACUUCUUAAGCUAACUAUGACUAGAUUAUCUAAGCUAAACUAGCUUAGCUAGUUCCAUCAUCGUUAUAAACUAAAAUUGCUUAGUUUAGCUAAGCUAGAAACUACAAUGGCUCUAAUACACCAACGUACAUUUCUGCUCUCAGUCCAGAAAAAUUUGGAGCCGCUAACACCUGACCUUUACAAAAACAAACUUGUGUUGUGAAACAAGUUCAACUAAAAUAGAUUAUCGAAGCUAAUUUAGCUUAGCUAUAUGUAAACUACUUCAGUUUAGUUCACUCUAAACUGAACUAAACAAAAAAUUUUGUUUGUAAUGGAAAGUAAAGGUUAAAAUUCUGCACGUAGAGGAAUUGCAAACAAUGUGUAUGGGGGCCGCCAUGUUGAAAUUCCGACUUUUUAACUGGAAAGCUGUUAACUCUGGUUUGAUGUCAAACCCAGCUCCAAGACUUCAGGGUUACAGGAACACAGCAUAAUUCCUAACAGGAAGUUGUGGUUAUUUUGAAGCAUUCUGAUUAGCUGACAGGUUUAUCUUUUGCUACACUGCCCCCUAUGGGUUUGGCAUAUUUACAACAAAACUCAGUGGUGGAUUAAAAAAGAUGUUUAGUACAACAACCUCUGUAAUCUCUGCUGAUCUUUUUCUGAACCUGGCUAAUUCUCCAAACAAAAGCCUUUAGAUGACAGACAGGCUCUUUGUGUUAAUGUUCCAUUUCUUUGUGGAAUAUUUUAACCACAAACCAGCUGUAGCUUAAAAGCAAAAAGGCCAGAACGUCAAAUCCAGACAAUCAGAUUCAUCCCAAACAGCAACACGUCUCAGAAAAGCUUUAUGAAUUAUGAGGUCCUCAAGUUUGACCUAAAUUUUUAAUUAGGUCAAAAUUAAACCCAUCUGUCUGGUCAAUUUUUUCUUUUAUAACAAAGUCGUCGAUUGAAUGAAUCACAGCUUUCUGCCAUUUUCCAACAAGGACGUUUAUGAGAAAAGAGUUAAAGACGUUUCUGAGCUUGAGAAGAAAAGUACUAGAAAAGUACCAAAAACUGUAGACUAACCUCAGAAAUUUUCUAGAAAGAAAAAAGUACAUUUCUGAGUUUCUAAAGUGAAACAAUUCAGAAGUUUUGACAUUCAUUUCAGAAUUUAA